AUGCAUGCAGCACCUGAAGGGACAUUCAGAGAGAGAAAAAGACCUCGCAAGUUAACAUAUGAUGCAUUAAUGAGUAAAAUCAUUAAUUCUGAACCUACUGGUGUUACAGAAGCUCUCAAGCGUCAAGUUUGGAAGGAUGCUAUGACAAAAGAGUAUCAAAUCAUUCUGAAAAACGAUGUUUGGGACAUAGUUCCUAGACCAAAAGAUAAAUCUAUUGUCUCGUCCAAGUGGCUCUUCAAAAUUAAACAUGCUGCAGAUGGUAGUAUAGAGAAACAUAAAGCAUAUUUUGUUGCCAGAGGAUUCUCACAUAAUGAAGGUAUUGAUUAUGAAGAGACAUUUGCACUUGUUGCCCGGUAUACCUCUGUUAGAGCAGUCAUAGCUAUUGCAGCAGCUAAAGGCUAG